AUGAAGCUUCUGAAGAACAAAUGGAUCUCGUACAAUCACCGAGCAAUCAACUAUAAUGCAACAUAUACACCCAAUCCUGAUUUACCAACCCCAACAUUCGAUGAAGUCAAGUCAUUUCAAAUCAACAAUUCAUUUUGGAACAUUGGCUUGCUGGAUCAUCCAAAUGAACCCUGGGCCAUUGACGUGGAAACACAGAAGGGUAUUACAGCAUAUCUCACAAUGACUAACUGUGAUGAUGAAUUGCGCCGCAUAUCACGGGAAGCAAGGCAGGCUCUAAAUUGGGCUGUCAAUAUGGCAGCCAAGGUGGAGAACAUUUUGGAUGCAUUGCUCAUGGAUGUGCAAGAGACUGAUGUUCUAACAGAAACUCAGCAGAAUUUACAGGAUAUUUGCACAGCUGAAAAUCUACCCAAGUCAGUUAUGGAAUCGGUGAUUUCUAAUACGGCAAAGAAGUUCUGUAGGCUAUGGAUAACGUGGAACUCAAGCUGUAAUACGGUCUUACUGUGGAGACAUUGUGGGAAAAACUACGUGGAGAGGCAGUGA